UUUUUUUAAUCAGAUGGUUUCCCUUGUAUAGAGAAGAUAGCGCACUCAACAAGGGGAUUCUUUUUCGGCAGCCAGAGAGGCAACAUCUCUGACAACAUGCAAUGCAACUUCAACGGGACUCUGCUGAUCAGUGUGCUCCCUCCACUGCUGGCGACAGAGUUUGUUUUUGGAGCAGUAGGAAAUGGCUUGGCUCUCUGGAUCUUCUGCUUCCACCUCAAGCCGUGGAAAAGCAGCACAGUGUUGCUCUUCAACCUGGCAGUGGCUGAUUUUCUCCUCAGCAUGGCUCUGCCUUUCAGGGCCAGCUACUACAGCUCUGGGAUAAAGUGGAGGUUUGGCGGCGCUUUUUGCAACAUCUGCCUCUUCUUGCUGGCGAUGAACCGCAGCGGCAGCACCGUCUUCUUGAUGGUGAUCGCAUUGGACAGAUACAUGCGCGUGGUGCAUCCCCAUCACCGCAUCAACUCUCUGAGAAUCUCUAAAGCUUGGUGCGGAGCUCUGGCACUGUGGCUGAUCACCAUCUGCAUGACCACUCAUGUUUUCACCUUAAAGCACGUCAACACGACCUACUGCGAGAGCUUCAUGAUCAACACUGAACCCGGCCACAACCUGACCUGGCAUAAGUUUGAGUUCAUCUUCUCCUUCUAUUUGCCUCUGCUUGUGAUUCUCUACUGCACGAUCCACAUCGUCGUCGUCCUGAGAGGGAGGCACCUGGCCAAGGAUGCAAAGAUUAAGAGGGUUCUGUGCUUCCUCACGGUGGUGGCAGCGCUCUUCAUCGUUUGUUUCCUCCCGAGCAACAUCAUGCAGCUGCUGAUUUGGAUCAAGACCAAGAAAGCACACAGCACCCUGCAGGAAUCUGAAGUCUGCCCGGCCCUGGAAGACCUGACCACAGCUUUUUACAUCAGCAUCAGCCUGACUUAUCUCAACAGCGCAUUGGAUCCUUUGGUCUACUACUUCUCCAGCUCUGCCGUUAAGAGCAGCUGCAGGAAAGCUCUUCAUCUGCCCCAAGCAGACACGACAGAGAGUACGGAGAGGAAAACUCGAGAGACAGGCUCCCAGUCACUCAGUCAGCUGGCUCACAGGGAGAGUAUUGAGGGGAUCAUUGAGAUGGAAGCAGUAAGAUGAAAGUUCAUUUUAAUUUAAAUGUUUUUUUUUAUGUAAGCUCUGCAGCUAAAAAAAAAAGACAACAUUUUACUUCUUUCGUACAGCAGAUGUCACCUAAAUGUUUGCGCCACAUAAUUAAUUUUCCUUUGCAAAACAUAUGCAGGCAGCUUUACUUGUCAUUCUUUGUAUAACCUCUGCACUUUAAGUAUUGUUGGGUAAUAAGACACUUUAUCAUUUGUGAAGUGGAGAUAUUAUUGCAGGAAGUCAGAAGCAAACAAGCUGCUUUAUUCAGCAGUAUGGAGAAUGGUAACACAGGAACACACAAAAAAAAAAAUCACAUUAACUUUGGGCUUUGGGGACGUCAGGGGGCUCCGUAUUUCUUUGUAAUAUUGUCAGAAAAAAAUAAAAGAUGUAGUAAUUUGUCAGGAAAAGGCAUGUCUGAUAGAGGGAUUUAGUGCAUGUUUAUGUGUCGAUGUGUAUGGUGAGGGGUGGAGGGGCUUGAAAGAUUUUCAUCUACGAUGGAGAGGACUGAAAAAGUUACUACAAGCGGGAUAUCUCUUUAGUUGGAGAGUGUAAAUAAAAAUGCAUUCAAAUCUAUUUUGCUAUUAAUUGUUGAAAUAUCUGAGACUGUUAAUAAAAAAAUAAAA